UCCUCCGUGAAACUGACGCGGUGCUCUAAUUGCCGAGCAAAUUUCAGUGCAGUAUGUUGGGGCGCGGAGUGAUCACGUUUUUUGUGCUCGCCGCCGUGAGCGCGUCGCUGAAUGCACAGCGAAUUGAAACAUGGGUGGACGUGGAUACAGAAACAGAAGGACCUGAAGUAGAAAAACGCUAUACACCAGAACUUCUUGAAGAAUUACAAAAUGCGAAAAACACUAUCAUGCUGAUGUAUACAGAGUUCACGGCACGGGCUGCAGUCGAUCUCAAGAUAUUCAAGCGGAAUAUUUCUGCGUUGACUCCAGAUACGAUGAAGAGUUUGGGCUGGGGAUUGCUGCAAAGCGCUCCUGAGUCAUGCCGCACGCAGUUUGACACACGCUUAAAGAAGAUCAAAGACGAUUCUCACCUCUCUGCCAUGUUCAGUUCCGUAAAUCACAAUAAAUUCUUCAAAGGGCACAUGAUCGUUUUUCACAUGCAUCUUAACAAGAGCGAAAACUAUAUCAGAAAGUGUGAGACAGUUAUAAAAAGGUGUGGCAUAGCUUGCGAGACGACCCCGAAAGUGGCACGCUGGCGUAACCUCGCAAAGGUAGAACUCAACCGCGUACUUUCAGACAUUCCUAUAUCCAGACGCUCCUACAAAGACCUACUCGUUCACGCCCAUCGGAAACUCACAAAGCUGAGGAACGACGCCCAUCGUAAAGCAAGUGAAGUUGUCAAGCAGCUAGAAGAAUGUGCUGGGUUAGCUAAUACCACGUAACCUUCUAAUAGUUAUAAAUAUUAGAAAUAUAAACUCAGUUUCCCCAAGGAGCACAUCUACGAGGGGCGGCUGAAAAGUAAUAUCUUUUGUAUAGACAAAUUUUUGUACGGACAUAGUCCAAUUCAAAAAAUACUGACCACUGUCACGCAUUCGUUCUUUCUUCUUUUUUCAAAAUGAGUAAUAGAUACUGUUUUGUUGAUUAUCGCUAUGCAUGGACAAAAUCCUUUUCUAACAAAUAUAAUAAGUGACUUUACCGCCACUCGUCUAAGUUAAGAAGAAUGUUAAUAGAUACCUACCCUAUUCCUCUAGUAAAAGUGGGCACACCUUUAUCAUUAAACUCUCGUCUUUUUCUCAAAUAUCCAUUCUAGAAUGCUAUAAAACCAUUUGUAGGACAGGAUUAGAUUUAAAAUUUAGAUUUGAAGACAGUUUUUAGACAAUAUAUAGGCCAUGAAACUAAUAUUGGUAAUGCAGUUUUAAAUCUUUACUACCAGUAAAGAUCCAAAGAGGUAGUUCAGUAAAGUAUUGCCACCUUACUUAUUUCGUUCCGGUUUUGAAGUGUAAGACACAUGGGACUUAUCAACUUAUGUCUGAGGGUGACGAACGCAGUGGCAGUGCCCCUCAAUCUUUGCAAUUUAAAGCUCUGAGUAGCUCUGUAACCGUUAUGGAUAAGCGUGUCAUUUACCACAGGUGCGCUACUUGUUCACCCAUCACUUGUUAUAUAAAAAACAACGAUAAUCUGAAAAAGCUCUGAGUGGCACUGCACAAUGAUCAUACGUACCACCAGAAUAGUUUCAAAUAUAUAAGAUGUGCUCCUUGGGUUGCAGUGUAUCCAUAAAAUUAGGUAUUAAUUCAAGUUCAAUAUUUAUCGACGUUCCAUGUUAAAUAAGACAGGUUUUCUUUUUUCUUAAAAAAAAUAUCUGCGAUCUUUGCACGCUCCAUGGAACAGCUUAACGAGACGAAAUUUUGACGCAAAAUCUCUGAAAGUGUGAUAAAGUACAUAAAUGUCGUGCGCAUGAACAAAUAAAUGUAGUACACGAUACAAAAGCUGGUAAUUUUUGUUUUUGUGUCACACCACAACUAUAUUUCGACGCUGGAAAUGUGAAACGUCUAACGUGCAUUUGGAAAAUAUUACGAAAUAUUACAGGUGAGCGAUUUAAAGUGCUUUAUAAGAAAAAAAUACU